CUUAAGACUUAUCUUGGUCUUUUCAACUCUCACACCGGUGACGACUGCAAUUGAUAAUCUGUCUGACCCCUGCUACAUCUACACUGUGCUGGACAAUCCAUGGAGAUCCAUCAAUAAUAUAGAUCGUUCAGUCUUAAGGUGUGACGCCUCUGUCUCCUGGAGCGGCUGGUAUCGUCUCUUCAUUAACAACAUGAGCGCUCAUAUCCCAGACAUGUGUAUUUUGUGGGGUCCCUGUGGCACUAAUAUCCCGCUGAGGAUACUUGAUGGACACCCAAAAGUUGAGGAUGGAGUCGUCACUCGAGAUGUCUGUGGUCACGCUUACAAUUACUGCUGCUAUUACGGGUCUUUUCCCAUUAAAGUCAAAGCCUGUCCAGGCAAUUACUAUGUCUAUGAGCUGGUUAGACCACCUCUCUGUAAUUUAGCAUACUGUGCAGACACUGGCAGCGUUACCAUCAGCUCUACAUCUGUGACACCAGUGACCAUCUCACCUGACCCCUGCUACAACUACACUGUGCUGAACGAUACAUGGAGAUCAACCAGUAAUACAUAUGAUUCAUUCAGGAGGUGUGACACCUCUGUCACCUGGAGUGGCUGGUAUCGCUUUGUUAUUCAGGGCUGGAAUGCUUAUAUCCCAGACACGUGUGUUGCUCAGUAUAGCUGUGGCACUGAUAUCACACUGUGGAUACGUGGUGGACACCCAACAGUUGAGGAUGGAGUCAUCACUCGAGAUGUCUGUGGUCACGCUAACAAUUACUGCUGCUUUUUCGGGUCUUAUCCCAUUAAAGUCAAAGCCUGUCCAGGCAAUUACUAUGUCUAUGAGCUGGUUAGACCAACUGUCUGCAGUUCAACAUACUGUGCAGCUGUUACUAACAUCAGUGCAACCUUUCCAACAGUCACACCAGUGACGACCUCAGCUGGUAUAAAUUUAACACUGCAGGACGGAUGCACAAGUCAGAACUGUUUCCAAAAUCUACUUGAGCAGAUUGAGAACAUCUCAACAUCUCAAGUGCUCUCUGUGACUACUGUGACAAACAUUUUGACCAUGGCCUUCAACACUUCAGAGAAGAUUUUAGAGUCAUCAUCAUCAUCAUCAUCAGUCAGCCCAGCUAUACUCGCCUCCCAAGGAAACAGUAUGUUAAAAACCAGUGAGAAACUCAUCUCUACAUUGGUGAAGCCGACAGACACAAGUGACAAUAUCAGUUUUACUCUUGAUGCUGUGGAGGGACGAGUCUUCAUGGUUGGACCAAAUGUCGCAUUAAAUAAAAUCCCUCGACUUGACACGACAAAUUCUUCUGUGGACAUUGAUCUCAUUGGGAUUGCCAAGAACAACAAUGAAGGAUCAGCUGCUGUGGCUUUCAUGAGCUACAACACAAUGGAGAAUCUACUGAAGCCCGACUUCUUCAACACAUCAAAUGACACGAUUAAAACCAUGAUGUCCACUGUGAUCUCAGCUACUCUUCCCAAAACCACCAACACUAAACUCACCAAACCAGUCAACUUCACCCUCAAACACAUCAGAGAGUUCGACCCCAGCGGUUCUCUGUCCUGUGUGUACUGGAAUAUCAGCGAGUGGAUUGUAGAUGGCUGUUCUGUUUUAAAGACCAACAGCAGCUACACUGUGUGUUCCUGUGUUCAUCUGUCGACAUUCGCUCUCAUCAUGCAAACCAGCAGACCACCAGAGAACGACUCACUGCUGGAUCUGUUGAAUUUGGUGUGUGUGAUCGUGGGGCUGGUGUUCUUCAGUUUGUCCCUGUUGACCUUUGGCCUUUGUCAGUGGAGUCCUGGAGUGAAUAAUGUGGCUCGAAUCAACAUCUGUAUCAGUCUUCUGCUGGCUCACCUUUUGUUCCUGCUCACACAACAGUUCCUGAACCUCAUACGCCAUCAUCAGGUGUUGUGUGCCGUGAUAUCAGGUGUGCUGCACUUCCUCUUUCUCUCCGGCUUUGUGUGGAUGUUCAUUGAAGCUGUGCUGCUCUUCAUCUGUGUGAAGAACCUAUCACAGAUCAGCUCCAAAAAGAGGGAGGUGCUUAGCAGUGGAUUCCUCUGUGUGAUUGGAUAUACAGUUGCUCUGGUUGUGGUGGCCGUGUCUGUCGGGCUGCUUCCUGAAGGCUACGGCAGCGAACACUGCUGGAUUAAAAUGGAUAAAGGUUUUAUCUGGAGUUUUCUGGGUCCUGUUUGUGUCAUACUAGCAUUAAACAUGAUUUUCUUCACCUGCAUCAUUAUCAGUCUGAACUCAACUCUCAAAAAUCUGAACGCUGAAGUUUCACAGAUGAAACAAACCAAGAUUAUGGUAUUUAAAACACUGGCUCAGUUUGUGGUUCUUGGUUGCUCCUGGAUUCUGGGUUUCUUCACUAAUGACAGUAAGGUGCUGGAGAUCCUCUUCCUGAUCUUGAACUCCCAGCAGGGAACCUUCAUCUUCCUGGUCUAUUGUGUCCUCAAUAAAGAGAUCAGACAGCAGUACAGGAAGUUCUUCAGAUGUAUUUGCUGUGGACGCAAACAACACUGAGGACUACAGCAUCAUCUUCAGGAAAUAAAAAGUACUGCUCAAGUGCCAUUAAUACAUAGGUGCUGUUGUCAUGAUUCCAGCCUGUAUUUUCCUGUCUCAUGGUUAAGGACUUUUAUGUUGAAGUUUUUCUGUUCAGUUGUUUCUCAGUUCACUUCCUGUGUUUAGAUAUCGGUUGCUGUUGUUCUUUACUCCAUUUGUUAUCAUGGCCACUUGUUGCCUACACCUGUCCCUCGUUAGUCCCUUGGUUUUCUUGUGUAUUUAUGCUCUGUGUUUUAGUUGAGUUGUGUCGGUCGUUGUUUUUGCAUGUUUCGUGAAGCUGUUACGUUUUUGUUCCUUGCAUUUUGUUCCUGUUCUUAAAUUGGAUUUUCCCUGCAGAUUCUUAACAGAUGUUAUAUUUACAGUAAAAUACACAACAGAAUCAAUGUUUUAGAUGUUAAAUGUAGUCUCAGCCCGUUUCUGUAUACCAGUCUUUUGAUAAAUACUGUUAACUGUAUUUAAUCUUUUUAACCCCCAAGAUUUUUUUGGUGGAGGGUGAAAAGCAUAUUCUUACAGACUGAGAUCACUGUUGAGCUCAAAAAGCUCCUAGAAAAGACUGUUUCUUCACAUAACAAAACAUAUAUUUUCAGGAGGAAAGUUCACAGAUUUUAUAGGUGUAGUGGGAUUUACCUUUAUAACGAAACUAAUAAAAUAAGUUUAUGAACAGCUGAUAUCUCAACAUCUGUAUUGUCUUAUGGCUUGUAUUUUUGUAUUGAAACAAGUGAAUGAUUGGUUUUUGCUUUCAUUCAGGUUAAUACACAUUUUGUCUCAAAGUUCUCUUACUAAACAGUGUGAUAUAAGUAGGUUUGUGAACAUGUUUUUUAAACAUUCCACGAAAAAAAAAAAGAUUAGAUUUACAUUAUUAAUUACAGCAGAAAGUCAUCUUUUUUCAAUUUAAUCCAAAGGAUUUCUCGAUAGAUCGAUAGAUCGAUAGAUAGAUAGAUAGAUAA